AAUUUAACUACCUCCACUUUCAAACUGCAGUUCACCCAACCCAUACCUUUGACACCUUCUCUCUCCUCGCUCGCCGUUGACAUCUAAGUUUAGGGUUCGGAUUCCGCCUUGGCUCCGAUGGCGGUGGCCUCCGGUUCCGCCGCCUCUUUUGCAGCCUUCAAGUCUGGUCUCCGUUGCAAUGCCUCCGUUUCUUAUCCUCCCGGUCGGAUCUCCGUCAGGCCAGGGAAAACAGCCGGAUUGGGGGCGGUUAGGUGUAGCGUUGGUUCUGAUGAUUUGGCCAAGGCGGAAUUGAGGGCGUCGAGUGUUUCAGCUCUUGAAUUGCUCAAAACUUCGGCUGCUGACAGAUAUACGAAAGAGAGGAGCAGUAUUAUUGUCAUAGGGCUUAGUUUUCAUACAGCACCAGUUGAGGUACGCGAGAAACUUGCCAUUCCAGAAGCAAACUGGCCACAGGCCAUUGUUGAGCUCUGUGCUUUGAACCAUAUAGAAGAAGCCGCUGUCCUUAGCACUUGUAACAGAAUGGAAAUAUAUGUCGUGGCUCUCUCUCAGCAUCGUGGGGUUAAAGAAGUGACGGAAUGGAUGUCAAAGACAAGUGGGGUUUCUGUAUCAGAGAUUUGUCAGCACCGUUUCACAUUAUACAAUGAAGAUGCGACACGGCAUUUAUUUGAAGUAUCAUCUGGGCUUGAUUCUCUUGUUUUAGGAGAAGGUCAAAUCCUUGCCCAGGUAAGACAAGUUGUAAAAACUGGACAAGGAGUCCCUGGAUUUGAUAGGAAGAUCAGUGGGUUGUUCAAGCAUGCAAUCACUGUUGGGAAGAGGGUUAGAACUGAAACCAAUAUUUCUGCUGGGUCAGUUUCCGUCAGUUCAGCUGCAGUAGAGCUUGCCCUAUUAAAGCUUGCAGAAUCUUCCUAUGCUACUGUCAGGCCAUUGGUGAUUGGAGCAGGCAAGAUGGGUAAACUUGUCAUCAAACACUUGGUUGCAAAAGGGUCCACUAAAAUCGUAGUUGUGAACAGAAGCGAGGAGAGAGUUGCUGCGAUCCGCAAGGAGCUUAAGGAUGUUGAGAUCAUCUACAAACCCCUCUCAGAAAUGCUAGCAUGCACUGCCGAGGCUGAUGUGGUUUUCACCAGCACGGCCUCAGAAAACUCACUGUUCUUGAAAGAGCAUGUUGAGGCACUUCCCCCUGUGAGCCAGGAAAUUGGAGGCUUGAGACUCUUCAUAGAUAUCUCUGUUCCCAGGAAUGUGGGACCGUGCGUCUCUGAUCUUGAGACUGUACGUGUUUACAAUGUGGAUGAUCUUAAGGAAGUAGUAGCAGCAAAUAAGGAGGAUCGCCUUCGGAAAGCAAUGGAAGCUCAGGGGAUUAUUGCAGAGGAAUUGAAACAAUUCAAAUCUUGGAAGGACUCGUUAGAGACUGUUCCAACCAUCAAGAAACUCAGGGCUUAUGCUGAAAGAAUUAGAGCUUCUGAGCUGGACAAAUGUUUGUCAAAGAUGGGUGAUGGUAUCUCAAAGAAACAAAAGGCAGCUCUUUAUGAUCUUAGCAUGGGCAUAGUGAACAAGCUUCUACAUGGUCCAAUCCAACACCUGAGAUGCGAUGAGAACGAAAACCGGACUCUAAACGAGACACUCGAGAAUAUGCAUGCCCUUAACAGAAUUUUUGACCUUGAGACAGAUACAUCUUUGUUAGAAGAGAAGAUUCGAGCCAAGGUGAAGCAGUCCCAGCCCUAAGCCCUUCGUGACGGGUCAUUUUUUCCUCUAUACUCAUUUGUUCAUUCAGAGUAUACCAUCUUUAAAGGUUCGUAUAUUCAUGGUUUGGUGCAUGGAUUUCUGGGGGGAUUUACUUAUAUUGUAUACUAAUGAUACCGGCCAUUGUAGGAAACAAUAAGUUUUUGAACUGAGCUUCAUUUUUUGUACAAGAUGUCCCCCAUGGUUGACAAGAGAGAGCCUCUAUGGGAAGCUAAUUUCAUUUUUUUGUAAUUAAUAUGCUGAUUCUUUCAA